CUCUCUCUCUCCCUCUCUCCCUCUCUCUAUCUCUCUCUCUCUCUAAAAUUUGUGCAACUACUUUCUUAAAUUUGAUCAAACCCCAUCUCCAAACAAAGCCAGAAAUCUCAUUCUCUCUCAUCAUCUCUCUCUCUCUCUCUCAUCCAAAAUCUUAGGUUUAAGAAGAAGGAGAGGAGGAAGAAGAAGAAGAAGAAGAAAAAAUGGAGCUUUUUCCAGCUCAACCAGAUUUGUCUCUUCAAAUAAGCCCUCCAAAUUCCUCAACAAAUUCAAAGCCCUCUUCCAAUGGCGGCUGGAGAAGGCAACAUCCCAUUUCUUCUAUGCCUUCUCAAAACCCUUUAGAUUUGGUCUCUUGGAACAAUAAAUUGCCUUCUACUAAUCCUUCUUCUUCUUCUUCUUCUAAUUUUGACCCUUCUCCUCUUCUUUCUAACCCUAAUUCCUCUUCCGAUUUCCUCCACCGCCAUUUCCCCACCGCGGCUACCGCUGCGAAUGGUGGCGGCGCUGGAACCGGUGGGCUCUUCCACCGCCAUCUCCAUGAUCUUCACCAUCAAGGGCUUGGAUUCUUGAGACCCAUUAGGGGAAUUCCGGUUUAUCAAAACUCUCCUUCUUCUUCCUCUUCCUCGUCCUUUUCGUACCCGAUAUUUGGUGGCGGUGGUAACGGUGGCGGUGGCGGUCAGUUUAAUUAUAACACCGCCCAUCGAUCAAGGUUCUUGGGGAGGUUUCCGACUAAACGGAACGUCCGAGCGCCGAGAAUGCGGUGGACCACCACUCUACAUGCUCGUUUUGUUCAUGCUGUUAAGCUUUUGGGUGGCCAUGAAAGAGCAACACCAAAAUCAGUUCUUGAGCUUAUGGAUGUCAAAGAUCUCACCUUGGCUCAUGUCAAGUCCCAUUUGCAGGUAUCAAUCUCUUUCUCUCUUUUUGGAAUUGAUAUGAGAUUUGGUUAUGAUUUAAAUGUAGGGAAUUCCGAUGUUUACGAUCAAAAUGGGUCAUCUGGAGAUACGACAAAUGAAGACAUAACGUAUGAAAAUGAGAAGUCGUCGAGAAUUAGGUCGAGUGCUCCAACUACUGAUGAUGAGCAUGGAUAUCGACAAACCGUUGGAGACAAACAAGAUCAUCAUCAUCAUCAUCCUCAUAAGGACUUCUAUUCUCUAUGGAGCAAUUCUUCGAGAGAAGCUUUGCUCCAAGGCACAAAAAAUCAUUCCUUUGAAAACCAACCCUCUCAGCAUGAUCAGAAUUAUUUGGAAGCUAAAUGUUCGAGCCACGAAAGAACAUCAGAUGGAAGCUCAUUGACAAAUCUUUCAGCUGGAACAAGUCCCGAAAAGCCAAAUUUGGAGUUCACGUUAGGACGAUCGAUUUGAAAUUAUUCAAAAAAAAUGUAAAAAUAUAUAUAAAAAAAUCAUAAUUUUAUUUUAUUUUUCUCU